ACAGCAGGGAAAAACAUGGCGGCGGUGCAGGUUGCUGGUUCGCUGCCGUGUGGGCAGCCGCCGCCUUUGUCUCCGCGGGAGCCGCCCGCUGAUCAGAUCAGUGGGUUCCGCCGCCUGGCGGCCAGGCUGCGCGCCCUGCGCCCGGAUGACAGUAGCUCCGCCCGCACUGAGAUCCACUUGCUCUUCGAUCAGCUCAUCUCCGAGAACUACAGCGAAAGCACCGGCGUGGACCCCGAGGAUGUCACUGCUCUUCUUGUUCAAGCUUGCCGACUUGUGCCUCUUAAUCAGAAUCAUCUUGUCAGCAAAGUGUCUCAGCUGAUUCACCAUUUGCUUAACACAUUACAGGUGAUUGUAGAUGAACAGAACUUGGAUUUCCUAUUGGCGUAUACUAUUUCAGCUAUCCAUCAAUGUAGUUCCUGGACACACAUGAAAAUUCUUCAAGCCUUGGCAGCUCUGGUGUACUGCAAUGGCUCAAAAUGUCAAAAGUACCUCCCGGACUUGCUAGGCAAGACUGGCCUCUUGACAAAGUUGAGUGACUUGGCUCAGUCUGAUGCUGAAGUCAGGAGAGCUGCAGUACAUUGCAUGGCCAACUUAUGUCUCAGGUAUGUAGACCCCAUCAGGUCCCCAAUAUUGUUACAAAGUGCAUUGAAGGGCAUACAGUCACUCCUCAAUGGUGGGAAGAUGAAACUGACACAAACUGAUGAACUUGGAGCUCUUUUAGCUGUGCUAAAGAAAGCCAUGUUUCAUGGACUCCCUGGACUAAACAUAGAGAUGCCCACAGUGUUAUACCCAACUCCACUUCCUCAGUAUGAUGGACGACCGCCUCAGCAAUCAGAAUCUAGUCCUGCUCGGCCAACUAUGAAUAAAAAGAAAAAACAUAAGGCAAAAGCAAAGAAAGCCCAGCAAGGAGAUGAAGAAGAGGAAGAAGAAGAAUCCAAUGGAGAAAUGGAGGCAGCCUCAGGCACCAGCUCCAGCAGAGUGAGCACAGGUGGUAGGGAUGCGGUGUGUCCCUCCUCCCAGGGCAUCCAGAGUUUGCCUGCAAAUGGAAGUGGAGCUGGAAGGAGAGAGCAAGUCUCCUCACCCUUCGCUUCUUCCACUUGGAAAAGAAUCAGUAGUAGUGAGUCUGACUAUUCUGACACUGAAGGAGGCAUCCAAUGUAAAAUGAGGUCCUAUCAAGCCAAAGUUCGCCAAGGAGCACUAGCCUGUUUUCUUUCUACUAUAAAAUCAAUAGAAAAAAAAGUUCUUUAUGGCUACUGGUCAGCCUUUGUCCCUGAUACACCUGAGCUUGGAAGCCCACAGUCUGUGUCCUUAAUGACGCUUAUAUUAAAAGAUCCUUCUCCAAAGACACGUGCCUGUGCUCUGCAAGUUUUAUCUGCCAUCUUGGAAAGCUCAAAGCAAUUUCUUUCUGUUGCGGAAGAUACCAGUGACCACCGAAGGGCUUUCACUCCCUUUUCUGUAAUGAUUGCUUCCAGCAUUAGGGAGUUGCACAGAUGUCUUUUGCUGGCUUUGGUAGCAGAGUCAUCUUCCCAGACCUUAACUCGGAUAAUUAAGUGCCUUGCAAAUUUAGUAUCAAAUGUACCAUAUAACCGUCUGAAACUCAGCCUACUGACCAAAGUCUGGAACCAGAUAAAGCCUUACAUUCGCCACAAAGAUGUUAAUGUCCGUGUGUCAAGUCUUACCCUCUUGGGAGCUAUAGUGUCCACUCAUGCACCUUUACCUGAAGUCCAGUUACUUCUACAACAGCCCUGUUCUUCUGGGCUCAGCAAUAGCAAUUCAGCAACUCCUCACCUCGGCCUUCCUGAUUGGUGGAAGAAAGUCCCUGCAGGGCCCUCUCAGGAAGAAGCAUCUGUUGGCUCACCUAAAGGCUCUGCAGAGCCCUGCUGGCUCAUCCGACUUUGCAUCUCCAUUGUUGUACUGCCCAGGGAGGAUUCCUGCUCUGGUAACAAUGCUGGUUCUGCAGCAGGAAGCACCUAUGAGCCAUCCCCCAUGCGACUAGAGGCCCUACAGCUGUUGGCGCACCUGGCGAGGGGCUACUUCUCAAUGGCCCAGCUCUACCUAAUGGAGCUUGGUGAAGUGAUUUGUAAGUGCAUGGGGGAAGCAGACCCAUCCAUUCAGCUUCAUGGGGCCAAGCUUCUGGAAGAACUGGGUACAGGCUUAAUACAGCAGUAUAAACCAGAUUCUCCCACAGACCCUGAGCAGAGAGUACCAGUCUUCUUGGUGGUGACGUUCUGGACCAUGAUGCUGAAUGGUCCUUUGCCCCGAGCCCUGCAGAGCUCAGAGCACCCGACUCUCCAGGCGAGCGCCUGCGAUGCCCUGUCUUCCAUCCUGCCAGAGGCCUUCAGCAGUCUGCCGAACGACAGACAGAUUCUGUGCAUCACAGUGUUGCUUGGCCUAAAUGACAGCAGGAACCGUUUAGUGAAAGCCGCCACCUCCCGCGCCCUCGGAGUCUACGUGCUUUUUCCCUGUCUCAGACAGGAUGCCAUGUUUGUUGCAGACACAGCAAAUGCCAUAUUGAUGUCACUUCAAGACAAGUCUCUGAACGUUCGUGCCAAGGCAGCUUGGUCCCUGGGCAACCUUACAGAUACUCUGAUUGUCAACAUGGAAACACCAGACCCGAGUUUCCAGGAAGAAUUCUCUGGACUCCUGCUCUUAAAAAUGUUGCGAUCGGCGAUAGAUGCUUCCAAGGACAAAGACAAGGUAAAAAGCAAUGCAGUCCGUGCCCUUGGAAAUUUGCUUCAUUUUCUGCAACCCUCGCAUAUAGAAAAACCGAGAUUUGCUGAAAUCAUUGAGGAAUCUAUCCAGGCCCUGAUUUCUACUGUUCUUACUGAGGCUGCCAUGAAAGUGCGGUGGAAUGCUUGCUAUGCGAUGGGAAAUGUAUUUAAAAAUCCUGCUCUUCCACUCGGAACAGCCGCAUGGACCUCCCAGGCUUACCAUGCCCUGACAUCAGUGGUGACAUCAUGCAAGAACUUCAAAGUGCGCAUCAGAUCUGCUACAGCCCUUUCUAUCCCGAGCAGGAGAGAGCGGUACGGGUCUGUGGAGCAAUACGCUCAGAUCUGGAAAGCAUUGCUCACUGCCUUGCACAAGAGUGAAGACACCACGGACUUCCUGGAAUUCAAGUACUGCGCCAGCCUGCGGACCCAGAUCUGCCAGGCACUGAUUCACCUCCUGAGCCUGGCUGGCCCCUCAGAUCUGCCCUGCAUCAAAGAAACUCUUGAGCUGAAUGGGGAUAUGGUCCAACCCUUUAUCCUGCAGUUUUUGAAGUCAGGAGACAAGGGAGAUGACUCCAGAGCAGCCCACACAACACAGGAACGAGACCAAAUGAUCAGAACGGCCCUGCAGCACAUAAGCAGUGUGCAAGCACUGGCUGGAGACACAGCAAAAGGGGCCAUCGUGGACUUCUUAGACAAUAUCCUGAGUAUUUACUGUGAUUCCUCAGGAUCACAAGUGACACUCUUUGAGUCAUCGAAUCGGUGACUGUACCACCCCACUUUCCAGAGGUCAUGUUUGGAAAUAGGAGGCCCAGGCUUGAGUGCAUGUUAGGUGGGGUUUAAUCUUAGGGCAGGACCAGCCCACCUACCCCAUUUAGAAGGAAUUAACAGCUGUUUGAGUUCUCUGCAAAAGGCUUGGCCACUGUGGAGAGUAGGUCCACUACACAGGCAAUGGUCAGGCUGGCUGGAACCUCCACCCUGGGCAAGCAGGAGUCGGGGUAUGCUGUGGCUGAGCAGAUCAGAGGUCUCAGCAAAAAAAAAAAAAAACAUAGAAAGACUUAGGAAUUAGAAUGUUGUAGGUGUGUCUCCAAGAAUUGGCAUUUUCCUAGUAAAUGGAUGAAAAACA